UGGAGUCCUGAUUAACACUAUAUAGUGUAACUUAAAACUACAUCAACUGGAAAAGAACAUUGUAGAAGUGGGGACUAGGAGCAAUGGAACCCUUCCCAAAUUGUACCUCUUGCACAUGUGCGAAAGAGGCUUGUGCAGAUCAUUUUCCCGCAGGAACCAAAGUUAAAUGGCCGGAGCUAUUAGGUGUGAAAGGAAAAGAAGCCGUGCAAGUAAUCAAGAAGGAAAACGAAUUGGUGACGCCUUGGCUUAUUGCGAAACACGACAUAUUUCUUCAUUAUGUUUGUUGCGACCGUGUUUUUGUGAUUGUUGAUUCUGAAAACCGCGAUCCUGAAGCCCUUGUUUGUGCCAUUCCCCGUGUUGGAUGAGGAAGGCAUUGAAGACUGGACACCCAUCCCAUCCAUUGUGCUUGAAUUAUAUUUAUAUGGGAUGUUGAACUAGAUGAACUUGAGUUGAAGUAAUGAAAUAAAGAUUUCUUGUCAAA